AUGCUGGGCAAUUUUUCUCCUAGCAAUCAGUACAAAGAGAAAGCUCUUGCUAAAAGAGCCGCGCUCGACAUCAAAGCAACGACCAUCAACGGAGACCGUAAGAUCCACUGGAUCUCGAAGGACUCCCAAGGCUCAAUUGCUCAGGAGCCCCCCACUCCUCCACCAAGACACAAAAGCUCAAACAAUGCCACUGCCAUCCCUGAACUCAAGCAACACGGAGCUCAGAGGGGGCCUCCUGGCACAGUACCUAUAGCACUCUCGAAUCUCGACUAUUUGGAUCAUCCCGGCUCUCGCAAACAAGCUCCAAACUCGACUACCUUUGAGUCCAAACGACAGUAUUCAGGCGAUCAUUGGUAUUCGUCCUCAACGCAAUAUGUCUCUAAUCUCGGAGGCUCGGCCGAUUUCAGUCUCUUCAGUCCGUAUGUAGCGAAUACAAACGACUUCUCCCUUCUUCAAACUCUGGUCGGUCGAACCACUGAUGUCCCAAAGUGGCACACUCUCGAGGCAGGAUGGAUAAAUUAUCCCAUUCAAAUCGCCGAGGCGCACUUAUUCACUUACUUCACGACAUGCCAAUACACAUGCUACGGCGACUAUCUCGGAGGGUACAACACAGACGUGAAAGGAUGGGUCCAAACUUCAGACACCAUCUUCCCUGGAACAGUUUUCACGCCUAGCGUGGAUGGUGGUACACAGUACGAGCUCGAAAUCCUUACCUACCUGUAUCAAGACAACUGGUGGGUUUGGGUUCAGGAUGGCUACAUUGGAUACUACCCAGCAUCGAUAUGGAGCAACGCCAACAAUGGAGCCAAUGGCACACUUGCCGAUGGAGCUGAUUCCAUUUUCUAUUAUGGAGAAGUCUACCAAAGCGAGGAUGCACUGACUACCACAGAUAUGGGCAACGGAGAGUUCGGUGCUUCGAAUGGGUUUGGCAAAGCCGCGUAUAUUCACAAUAUGCAGUACUUUGACACCAAUUCUGUUGCUCAGGACUACACUGCUGGUUUCUGGGAUUCUGAUGAUUCGAGAUACAAUUUCCAGAAUACAGUGUCUAGUGGGGGGAGUUGGGGUAGCUAUGUGUACCUUGGCGGACCAGGUGCUGAAGGAAUUGUCGGAGGAUAGCGGGCAUAUGGCGCAGGAUGGUAGGCAGGUUAGAG